AUGGGCUGGUCGCGGGCCUCCCAGCUACGGUUAUUCCCGCCCAUAGAGAAAUGGGCCAUUAGCAGGCUAGUAGACCGUUGGAGGCGCCGACGCACGCUGGGAGGCCGAGUGGAGAGGGAGCCGUCGCCGGCGGCGGCCUCUGCCUGGAGUCGCUGCCUCGCGGAGAGAGAGUCUGGGACUGGAGGCGUGAUGGAGCCGAAGCGGGCGGCGGCGGCGGAAGACCGGCUCUCCUCCCUCCCGGCGGAGCUGCAGGAAGAGAUCCUUGUCCGCCUUGACCUCCGGGACGCCGUGCGCACCUCCGUGCUCUCCCGCGCCUGGCGGGACCUCUGGAAGUCGCUCUCGGUGAUCUCCCUCUCCUUCCCCCUCGGCACGCACCCCUCCGUUGUCGACAGCGUCCUCCGCCCCUACAUCGGCCCCCGGGUCUCCCUCUUCAACAUCUGCGUCGACGACGCGUCUGCCGGCCGCAUCGACGACUGGCUCGUCGCGCUCUCCCGCUGCAGCGUCGAGUUCAUCCACAUGUCUGGCCAACUCAGUUCAGACUAUUUCAAUCUCCACUCCUCCAUCUUCUCCUUCGGUGGUCCCAUGUCCCUGCGGCUGGUAUGCUGCAACAUCCCAACCCUCCCCAUAGGAUUCGCCAGCUUCCCCGCGCUGCAGAAGCUAGACCUCAACUCUGUUGACUUCCCAGCCAAUGGGGAGAACCAAUUGGAAGCUAUCAUUCGUCGGUCACCCUUGCUUCAUGCCCUGGAUAUAUCUGAUGUGUUCAUCCCUGAUGACUGCCCAGACUCAGUGAUUGAGGCACCCUAUCUCCGCAGCCUGACAAUCUAUUCAGCGUAUGACCAUGGCUGGCGAAUUGGAGAGCUGCCAUGCCUCGAAGAUGCCGACAUUAAUGUGUCACUCUGUCCGCGGCAUGAACAUGACUAUGGGGAUUUCCUUGCUCGGUUUGCUCAAGUUCAAAAGCUCACCCUCUUCUUGCCGGUCAACAAUGUUGAGAUACCGUAUACACUUCCAUUGACCUUUUCUAACUUGAAGAACUUGAAAUUAUCUAUGGACUUUACUGAAAUGCACCCAAUUUUGUUCAUGUUUACCUUGCUAAGGAGUUGUCACAACCUUGAAAACCUAGAAAUGAAGAGUUUUGAGGGAAAUUGGGAGUUCUUAAAUGCUCUGUGGAGUGAUGACAUGUGUGCCAAUCUUCAGACUGUGAGGAUGAUUUAUGUUCAUUGGCUUCCAAAACAAAUUUCAUUUAUGAAGCUUAUUCUCUCUAAAGCAAGGCUUCUUCACACAUUAUAUGUUGAUAAGUGCCCAGAUGUUUUUGAUGAUCCAAAAAUUGACUUACUACAAUGCAAAAGAGCUUCAGCUCAAGCUCAUGUCCUGUUUGAAGGUACAGAUUAUGCCCCUCACUCUUCCUUUCAUCUCGGCCACAGAUCAAGGAUGCAUGGCUUCGGAUGGCUGCUGGUUGAAAUACGUAACUUAUAUUUUCAAGGUUUGGUGCAGCAGUAUUGA